AUGAAGCCGACGUCGUCGAGGCUUCUAACCUCCAGCUUCUUCAAUCUCUACUCGACUCAAUCCCUCACACAGUAUCCUUCAAAGGAAAAUGGUCUCUCAUUGGAACGAAGCUUUCCGAUCUCAAAUCCAAACUUUCCGACCUCUCCGACUUUCCCUCCAACCCUCUCUCCGUCGAUAUCCUCCGUUCCCUCGCCCAAACACUCUCUCAAGCUCUUUCCUUGUCACUCAUUUGUCACAGCGCCAAUCCUCCCCGGCGGGAAGCUGAAGACACAAAACGAUGUUGAUUCGAUCUCAGCGAAAGUUGAUAGCCACAUCAAGGAUUGCGAGGUGUUAAUAACAAGCGGUGUUCUCCACGACGGCGUUGUUUCCACCAGCUCAGCAUCGGGUCGACUGAGUCGAGAAACUCGGCUCUCGACUCGCUCCUUGGGGUUACUUCAAGAAGAUGAUAAAAACGUGUUGAUCGCUGUUGCUCAGGGAGUGGUUCCCGUGCUCGUACGUCUACUGGAUUCCAGCUCAACAUCGGAAAUCAAGGAAAAAACGGUAACAGCCAUUGCUAGGGUUUCAACAGUUGAUUCGAGCAAACACGUAUUAAUCGCCGAAGGACUUUUGUUGCUCCAUCAUCUUCUACGAGUUCUCGAAUCAGGUAGCGGAUUCGCUAAAGAAAAAGCUUGUAUCGCGCUUAAUGCUUUAUCCACUACCAAAGAAAAUGCAAGGGCAAUUGGGUCUCGAGGUGGGAUUUCAUCGUUACUCGAGAUUUGCCUGGCUGGAACUCCAAGCUCACAAGCCAUCGCCGCCGGAGUACUCCGGAACUUAGCUAAUUUCGCUGAUACCAGAGAGAAUUUCUUCGAAGAAGAUGCAACUCCUGUACUUCUAACACUUGCUAGUUCCGGAACUGUUCUAGCUCGAGAAUAUUCAAUUUCGUGUUUGAGUAAUCUGGUUAGGGACGAUGACAAUCUGAAACUAGUAAUUGUUCGAAAAGGCGCCAUGGAUAGUUUACGAACAUUCUGGGAUUCCGCCCCUUCUGUUCGGAGCUUAGAGGUGGCAGUCGAAUUCUUAAAAAACCUAGCCUCCGACGAACGCUUAGUGGACUACAUUAUUACAGACGAUUUUCUACAGAGAAUCAUCGACGUAUUAAGCUGUGGUGUAUUAGGUGUACGAAUUCAAUCCGCUAAAGCAAUUUUCCGGCUAGCAUGUAACACCAAAUCCAGAAAAGAAUUAGGCGAACAAGGUUGCAUUCCGCCAUUGAUAGCAAUGUUGGACGGGAAAGCAAUUGAAGAAAAACAAGCAGCUUCAAAGGCAUUAUCAUCAAUCUUGAUUUACACAGGAAACCGAAGAAUUUACAAAAAGGAACAAAGAGGAAUCGUUAGUGCAGUUUCACUGUUGGAUCCUUCCAUUCCGAAUCUAGACAAGAAAUACCCUGUUUCCAUUCUAAUGUCUUUAACCCAUUCGAAGAAAUGCCGCAUACAGAUGGUGAAUUCAGGAGACCAUAGGUCGUGGAAAGCUAUGGGGUGUUUUCUCAAGGCCUUAAAAGAUCAUAAUCCUUCUCAAAAAUCUGCUUUUAUGGGACAAUAUUUGCUGACAAAGACUGCUUAACUGAUGUGGGAAUUGUUGGUCAUAAUUGAUCUCUCAAAUAUAUUAUUCUACGAAGUCUAUAUAUUUAUAUAUAAAUAAAUAAAUAAAG